GUGAUGACGACUCGUAUAAAGAAGACUCCGGGCUAUAGGACACAUUUCUCAACUUGUGUAGAUUAGUUCAUAUUCUAUUAGGUAGGGAUGACUUCUUCCAUGAGAUAACCGGUCUCUGGAAAACAAGGGACAGUCACUCAGUAGGGACAUUAGAAAAAAAGAUUUACUUUCUCUUCAAAACUACAACUACAACAGACAUCUAGAAAAUGCUCCAGUCUUCUCUUAUCGCUCUUGUGUUAGUUGAAUUCAUUCAUCAAAUUGCUGCAGAUGAUUACACACAGACAUUUCCGCUGAACUCUCCUGUCACCGGAAGUUAUUACAGCCCAGCAGGUAACGCCUACUUUCAGAAUAGUUAUGGAUCUCCUUAUGGAUACGGCCGCUUCGCACCCUUCGGAUCUUCUUAUGCCAACUCGGCAUCGCCUUACGGUGACGCCUAUGCGAAUUAUGGAAAUGGCUUGAACCCAUAUGGCUAUACCUACGCUCCAUACGGCAAUUCCCCGACCUCGUACAACAACGCAUACGCACCUUACGGUAGUUUCCCAAGCUCAUUCGACAACGGCAUCUCAGACUACUUAAACCCCCUGGCUUCAGUACCUGGAGCGCUGGCCAGCACUGGUAAUGGACUCCUCGGUUACCUCAGCAAAUAUGGUUACGAUAACAAGUAUUACUCGCCCAUCGUCCUAGGUCACGACUUUGGCGCUGGGGCACAAGUGGGCUACCCAGGCAUGCCUGGAUCCUACAGGAUCAGACUAAACGGAGCCCUGGUGGCGGAAUCCACAGCUCCGGGAACCCCAGGAGCGUACUCCGCCCUCAGCAGUAUGUCUGGAAACAAGCCGAAAGGUUACAGUGGAUCCAACUUUGUCUUCAAGAAGAAAAAAUAAUGUUCACACACACACAUUCACACAUACACACACACGCGCGCAAUCGUUGCUUGUCUUGUUUACAUAAGUUAAAAACCCAAACCUCCAAUGUUAAACCGAGUGAAGUUAAACAUUUUUAUGACUAUUUUCAACUACACCGUGGCACAGUACAGUGUGUUUAGAAGCUUCUUACAAUCAGCGCUUCAGAGAUUAUAAAGUCAUACAACGAUUAUUAAGCAAAUGAGACAUUUUUUUUUUUUGAAAAGCCAUGUUUUUUUUUUUUAUAAAGGAAUGCCCUCCUCAAGGACAUCUCAAGAACAGUAUCAACUGUAUCAAAGUAAUACACUACUCAAUAAAAUAACUGCCUCAUUAUUGUAAGAAACUGUAUACGAGAUUCCACCUCUGAUUCCACCGCAUUCAUUUGCUAAUGCAAGUUCAUUUAUUGAUCUUUGUAUUAUCUCCCUUCUAUUGUCUCAUGACUAAAAAAAGUUGUCAGCAAACUAGAAACAAAGAUACUCAAUUACAUCUUUACGGAAUCUCUAAUAGAUCAAUAAAAUGCAAUCAGCAUAUUUA